UAAUUUUUACCUUAUUUGAAAUUGAGUCUUUCGUUGAGUCGUCACCAAUCUGUUGCAUUGCGAGUGAAUAAUUAAAAGCUGUUUUAUUUGGGCAGAUUUUAUCGGCCCUUCAUUAAAGCAUAUGCCAAGUUUUAGCACGUAAUGCGUUAUAGUGAGUUUUAGUUUGUUGUUAGCAUAAAAAGCUUUCUAUCAGUUUCACACGGAAUGAAGUUGCAACUGUCGUCGUCGCCGCUUCGUCCAGAACGUCCGGACGCUAAAGUGGAACAAAAGGAGACAAUGCAGAAGGUACAGGAUGAUGCCAGUGGGAACGAUCAAUUUCAAUGGGUAGACAACGAUGAUCGAAGUUGGUCACUGUUCAGAUGGUGCCGUCCAUCAUGUAUUCCGAUAACGAUGAUACUGAUCCUGAUAGUGAUGGUGGUAUUGCUGCCAUUAUUGGACCAUAAUGAGAAACAAACCGACCAACGAAUCCGGGUGAAUCCUCUGCGUAAGGAUGUUUGCAUGGAAGGUUGCAACAUUCAAAUAGUGGAAAGCAUUCCGGAAGGAUUGGUCUAUCCUAAAGGUAGUCCUUCGUUCAUGUCUACCUAUGAGGCUUGGAAAAGUUUGAUCGGCUUGGCGAAGAAUUCCAUCGAAAUAGGAUCGUUCUAUUGGACGUUGAAGCGUGAAGACGUGUACAAUCACUCUAGUGCCUGGCAAGGAGAGGAUAUCUUCAAACUUCUACUCGAAACAGGGUUGGCCGGUAACGUUUCAAUCAAAAUAGCUCAGAGCGCACCGACGGCAGCCAAUCCGUGUGUCGAUACGGAGAUUCUUGCCAACCGAAACGCCGCAAAAGUUCGAUCCGUGGAUUUUCCUCGACUGUUCGGAGGAGGAGUAUUGCAUACGAAACUGUGGGUAAUCGACAGAACGCAUUUCUACGUGGGUAGCGCGAACAUGGAUUGGCGAUCGCUGACUCAGGUCAAGGAACUAGGAGUUCUGGCUACCAAUUGCUCGUGUUUAUCGAAAGAUAUUGCUAAGAUAUUCGACGUGUACUGGGACAUGGGUCUUCCUGAUGCACAAAUUCCAACUCAGUGGCCCGAAGCUUACGCAACGAAGUACAAUGCCAACAAUACGAUUUCCGUGCAAUUCAAUGAUCAAUUCAAAGUGGAUACCUACAUAUCUAGUUCUCCGCCCCCCAUGUCGACCAGCGGACGCAGUCACGAUGUAGACGCCAUUCUGGACGUUAUUCAAAGAGCCGAAAAGUUUAUCCACAUAUCAGUAAUGGACUACAUCCCGCUAACUCUGUACACGGCUAAACCGCACUACUGGCCUAUCAUCGAAGACGCACUCCGUAGGGCCGCGAUCGAUCGGAAGGUUUCCGUCCGAUUGCUCAUUUCCUAUUGGAAGCAUUCGCGUGAUUCGGAAACCCAUUUCCUCAACUCAAUUCAAGCGUUGUCUCAGUGCAUGAAAGGAGUGGAAAUCGAUGUUAAGAGAUUCGUGGUUCCGGCCAGCGAAGAUCAACAAAAGAUUCCCUUCGGACGGGUGAAUCACAACAAAUACAUGGUUACGGAUAACACUGCCUACAUUGGGACGUCCAACUGGUCCGGUGACUAUUUCAUCGACACGGCAGGAAUAGGUUUGGUCAUGUCUUCGUUCGCGCCGAACGCCACCAUCGUCGGUGAUUUGCAGGCCAUUUUCGAACGAGAUUGGAAUAGUAAAUACGCUGUUAGAUUCGAUUAGUGCUUUACAGUUUAUUGAAGUUUUUUCACAAUCAUU